AUGGUUCCAUUAGCAAGAGUCCCAAUUUUGGGUAAAGAGACAAUUCAUGUUGGUUACGAUAUACAUGAGCAUAUUAUUGACACAAUUAUCACUGGUUGCAAAUCGUCUACCUACGUUAUCGUCAAUGACACCAAUUUAAGCAAGGUUCCAUACUUCCAACAAUUUAUCAAAGAGUUUGAAUCCAAGUUACCUGCCGACACACGUGUAUUAAAUUAUGUUAUCAAGCCAGGUGAAGCUAGUAAGACAAGGGAAACGAAGGCAGAGAUCGAAGAUUAUUUGUUAUUGAAAGGUUGCACCCGUGACACCGUUAUGAUUGCCUUAGGUGGUGGUGUUAUUGGGGAUAUGAUUGGGUUUGUGGCUGCCACUUUUAUGAGAGGUGUUCGUGUUGUUCAAAUCCCAACUUCCUUAUUGUCAAUGGUUGACUCUUCCAUUGGGGGUAAAACUGCUGUUGAUACACCAUUGGGUAAGAACUUCAUCGGUGCUUUCUGGCAACCACAAUACGUUCUAGUCGAUAUCAAAUGGCUACAAACUCUAGCUAGAAGAGAAUUCAUCAACGGUAUGGCCGAAGUCAUUAAGACAGCCUGUAUUUGGAAUGCCGAUGAAUUUACAAGAUUGGAAUCCAAUGCCUCCAUGUUUUUGGAGGUUGUUAACAGCUCUAAGCAAAUUAAAGUGGCUAAUUCCAUCACAGGUGAGAUUGAUGAAAUUUCUCAUUCUGAAAUUGAAAAGAUUUUGGAACAUACAUACAAAUUAGUCCUAGAAAGUAUUAAAGUUAAGGCUGAUGUAGUUUCCUCUGAUGAAAGAGAAUCCAGUUUGAGAAACUUGUUGAAUUUUGGCCACACCAUUGGUCAUGCAUAUGAGGCAAUUCUAACUCCUCAGGCUUUGCACGGUGAAUGUGUCUCUUUUGGUAUGAUCAAAGAAGCUGAGCUUUCUCGUUAUUGGGGGAUAUUAUCACCAACUCAAGUUGCACGUCUUUCUAAGAUUUUGGCAGCAUAUGGUCUUCCUAUUUCUCCAGAUGAAAAAUGGUUCAAAGACUUAACUUUGAAUAAAGAAACUCCAAUAAAUACAUUAUUAGAUAAAAUGAGUGUGGAUAAGAAAAAUGAUGGUUCUAAGAAAAAGGUGGUAAUUCUAGAAAGCAUUGGUAAAUGUUACGGUACCUCCGCCCACUUUGUUUCUGAUGAUGAUCUGAGAUUCAUUUUAACAGAUGAAACUUUAGUCUACCCAUUCAAGAACAUCCCACAAAAUCAAACCAAAAUUAUCACACCUCCUGGGUCAAAAUCUAUUUCUAAUCGUGCGCUAAUCUUGGCUGCAUUGGGUGAAGGUCAAUGUAAGAUUAAAAAUCUGCUACAUUCAGAUGAUACAAAGCAUAUGUUAACUGCUGUAAAUGAAUUGAAGGGGGCUACUAUCUCCUGGGAAGAUAAUGGAGAAACUGUAGUGGUACAAGGACAUGGUGGGAAAACUUUAACUGCAUGUCCUGAUCCCUUGUACUUGGGUAAUGCUGGUACUGCAUCAAGAUUCCUUACAACUGUUGCUGCGUUGGUAAAUUCCUCACAGGAUCAAGAUUAUGUUGUAUUGACUGGUAAUGCUAGAAUGCAACAAAGGCCCAUUGGUCCAUUGGUAGACUCUUUGCGUGCUAAUGGUACUAAAAUUGAAUACUUGAAAUCUGAGGGAUGUUUACCAUUAAAAGUGUUUACUAAUUCCACAUUUAAGGGGGGUAGAAUUGAAUUAGCUGCUACCGUCUCCUCUCAAUACGUUUCCUCCAUUUUAAUGUGUGCGCCAUACGCUCAAGAGCCAGUUACUUUGGCCCUUGUAGGUGGUAAACCAAUUUCAAUCUUAUAUGUGGACAUGACCAUUAAGAUGAUGGAAAAAUUUGGUAUCAAAGUGGAAGCUUCAACUACUGAACCGUACACUUAUCAUAUUCCAAAGGGUACCUAUGUUAACCCAUCUGAAUAUGUGAUUGAAAGUGAUGCUUCUAGUGCAACCUAUCCAUUGGCCUUCGCUGCUUUAACUGGAACCACCGUCACUGUUCCAAAUAUUGGUUAUGAUUCUUUACAAGGUGAUGCAAGGUUUGCUCGUGAUGUACUAAAACCAAUGGGCUGUACUGUUGAACAAACUGCUUCAUCGACCACUGUCACUGGACCUAAAGUUGGUACCUUGACUCCUUUGAAGCACGUGAAUAUGGAACCAAUGACCGAUGCAUUUUUGACCGCUUGUGUCGUCGCCGCUGUGGCUCAUGAUUCAGAUGAGAAGUCACAAAAUACAACUACAAUCGAAGGUAUUGCCAACCAACGUGUCAAGGAAUGUAAUAGAAUUGAAGCUAUGGCUACACAAUUGGCCAAAUUUGGUGUCAGCACUACAGAAUUACCAGAUGGUAUUCAAGUUCAUGGUUUGAAUUCAAUUAAAGAUUUAAAUCUCCCAACCGAGGCCAUCGAGACAUACGAUGAUCACAGAGUUGCCAUGAGUUUAUCAUUACUAGCAGGUGUCGUAAAUAUGCUUGCAGAUGGAGCUGAAUCACCUGUCAGGGUGUUAGAAAGACAUUGUACUGGGAAAACCUGGCCUGGGUGGUGGGAUGUCUUGCAUACUGAACUUGGUGCAAGAUUGGAUGGUGCUGAAUAA